CUCAAAGCUACGGGCGAGCGGACCAGGCGGUCAACAACAACAGCAGCAGUUGCCGAGCGCCCGACUCCUCGUUUGCGGGCACGGUUGGCCCGACUCAGCAUUCAAGUCAUUGCGCGUUCCACGAGCUUUCGUCAUACACACUGUACUCAAAGUUUCUGGUUGCUAGCGAUACCACUUUCGCGUUUGAAACUAUCAACUGCUUCUGGGCAGACGGGCUGCGCGUGUCAAGUUUCUUUUGCUACUGGCUGUCGCUGCUAAGCUAUUCUCUUUGCGAAUAAAUCAGUUCACUUACAUUUUUCAAAUCGAGCUAGCGCUUUAAGCGAUUCUCCUGCCGCAAGAGCUCGCGAGCCUGGACCGGAGCAGAAGCUGCUCGAGUUGGACUUGUCUAGUUCAAUGGCUUCAAACGCGGGCGCGCUGCAGUAAUACUUUGGACCGGCCGGCAUGAGCAGCGGCGCCCCCCACCAACGCGGCAAGGGCUCAGAGCUGGAUGCAGAGGCAGCCUACAAACCCGGCCGGGGGCCGGGGGGCCCGUUGGCUGGCACGCCACGCCCCCGCUUCUCCUCGCUCGGCCUUAGCUCAACCGUCCGAAGGAGCCUGCUGCUCGCUACUAUGCUGCUAAUCGGCUAUUCCAUAGGAGCCCUCAAUCACCGCUGCUCUCUGGCAUCAUCGGGCAGCUCGGGGGCGUCGUUCGUGCAGCAGAUGGCGGCGGUGCUCGCAGGCAGCGGCUCGACCGGCAGCGGCGGGGGCGUGGGCGUGGGCGGGGCCGAUGGCGGCGGCAGUAGCAGCCGGGCGUGGGGCAACGCGGGCGCAGGCGGCGCGGCAGGCAGUGCCAUGGGGGACUACGCGCCGGUGAACAAGACACUGCGCUUCCCCGUGUGCAACGGCUUCGCCAACCAGCGUCUUUCCAUCCUGUACGGCGUCGUACUGGCCAAGCGGUUGGGUCGGGCUGCCGUACUGCCCGUACUGGUGGACAACGGGCUGCAGCGGGGGGACGCGGCGGUGCUGGCAACCGCCAACAACCAGAUCCCCUUUGAGGAGAUGUACGACCUGCCGCACUUCAUCGCCUCCAUGGCGGGCGUGGGCGUACGGCUGCUGCGGCCCGCCGAGGCGCCGCCCGCCAACACCGUGCUGCGGCUGGCUGGGCUGGCGCGCGGGCAGCAGGGCGGCGUGAGUGAGGCGCUGGCAACCACCUAUGCCUCCAUUCGGCACAUCGCCAUCGACUGCCCUCUGUUCAAGCUGGGGGCGGAGGAGAUGCAGCCCGGCUUCGAGCCGCUGGUGUGGGCGGCGCUCAACGGACUGAGGCCCAGCAAGGAGGCCGCGGCCCUGGUUGAGGAGAUCAGCCGGGCCAUCAGCAGCAAGGCCGCAGCCCUGUCCCGAGCCACUGGCGGCAGUAGCAGUAGCAGCAGCGGCAGCACUGGCGGUGCCAGCAGCGGCACCGCGGCAGCGGCGGCUGCGGCCGCCGCCGCCGCCGCGGACGCCAACCUUUUGGCGGUUGCGGGCGCAACCACCACCGUCGCUGGCGGCGGCAUUAUCAAUGGUGGCGGCGGCGGGCGUUCGUCGAUUCGCGUGGCUCGGUCUCGUGGGCUGCAGGCGGCGUCGGACUGGGCAACGGCGGCGUACGGCCCCGCGCGGCCCUUCAACUUUAUCCACUUGCGCAUCGAGAACGAUUGGAUCGAGCACUGCAGGCGCUGGGAGGGCAUCCGCGACGGCAUCGUCCGCGACAACUGCUACCGCCACACGGAGGAGGUGCACGAGCAGUUGGCGCUGUUCGGCUUCAGCAACAGCACACCGCUCUACGUGGGCAGCUACUGGGACGACGUGGAGCCGGCGCGGCGGGAGCAGGCUCUGGCGAAGCUACGGGCCGCCGGCUACACCCUGGUCACCAGCGCUGACGUGUUCCCGGCGGCAGUAGCAGCAGCGGGGGCCGGCGGCAGUAGCAGCAGCAGUAGCAGCGGGACCGCUGCUACUGCCAUUGCCAACGCGCUGGAGGGUCGGGGCCGCGAGUACCGGGCCAUGAUUGAGUACUUUGUGGGGCUGAGGGCGCAGCGCUUCAUCGGCAACAGCGUGUCCACCUUCGCCGCCCUCGCCAUGUUGGAGCGGCGGCGGGCGGGCAGGUGGGCGGCCUACUACAACGGCGGCAACAUCCCGCUGGCCUCGGUGCUGCCGCUGCUGCACCGCCUGCCCUGGGUGUUCACCUACAACAGCUGGUCGGGGCAGUACGACUACCUGCUCAAGGGCGCAGUGCGCUCCGCUCUGGCCACCCGCUCCUUCACGCCCUACUGUAUCUUCAUGGGCAACGAGUCCUCCGCCAUCCACUCCUGGCUGGUGGCGCACAACGUCACAGUCAUCGCGCACGAGCCGGCAUGGAGGGAGCAGCUGCUGGCGCUGGCGGGCAGGAAGGCGCAGAACAACGUGGCCCACAGCCACCUGUACAAGACGCCCGACUCGUUGGUGUCCACCUUCCAGCGUGUGGACCUGCCGGUGGUGCCGGUGCUGGACCAGUACACCUAUGUGCUGUACACGGACGCCGACGUGUUCUUCAGGAGGCCCAUACGCCUGGACGAUUUCGGCCUGCCGCUGCCCAACUCGGUGUCCAUGAGUUACGAAAUGGACCCGAUGUUUCCAUACAACGCGGGCGUCAUCGUGGCCAACCUGCCGGUCAUGCGCCGCCACUACGCCGCCUUCAUCGCCAUGAUGCUGGACCCUCGCGCCUCCGAGGGGCUCUACUACCACGGCUACGGGCCCGCGGACCAGGGCAUCAUCAACAAGUUCUACGAGUCCGACCUGCGCGGCCGUAUGCUGAACCAGCUGUUCAACGCCAAGCCCUACUCCACCUUUGACCCCUCCGCCUACCUGCUGCACUUCCACGGCCCCAAGCCGCACGAGUACGCCGCCUACCUAAACACCGGGCAGUGCGAGUUCAAGGGGCUGUGCGAGAAGGCGUUCGCCAUGUCGCUGUGUCGCUACACGCGCGAGUGGGCUCGCUGGGUGCCCGAGGAGCCCGUGGCGCUGAGGCUGGGGGACGCGUGUGGGCUGCUGGACAACCCGGCGUUCCAGCGGUUGAGAGGCACCACCAGCUAGAUGCCUCACUGGCUGCCUGGCCGCCAGCUAGUCCACUGCCUGAAUGGCGAGACUGCCUAGCUGCUGCGGCGCUGUGAAUGCGGCGUCGCAAGGAGGGUAUACGUGUUGGCUGCUGGCUCGAUAGCCCGGAAGAUGGAGGAUGUAGAUGCCAGCCCAAACUUAACCGAACCCAAUGCACGGGGGAUGGAGGAGGAUUUGGAAAGCCUGCGGCUGCCAGCUACGUAUGCAGCCUAGCAGGGCGCCAGCGCCAGCUGGCAGACCCCCGUAUCCCUGGUGGUACUGCUCAGGGGAUUUGUAGGAGUUAUGUGGCUUGACAAGGAGAGCUGUGGCCGAGUGUGACCAGUACUGGCGUGACUCUGGGAGGAUGGGUUGAACGGCCUGCGGCAGCCGUAGAUGAUAGGCCCCGGACACAGUACUGCGGGAUUGCAUUGUUAUCAUGUGGCUUUUUAGCUAGGGCUAACGUGACCGAACUUAAUCAUCUUCGUUGGUUGAGAGAGCGCCGCUGGGCCCCGCGUGUCAGACUUGCGCUGUGCGGUGCAUAUGUGGCCCUGCGAAGCCAUUUUUGUCUGGUGUUUUAGUUUAUUGCCUGGAUGAGUUCGGGGAGCAAUCGAAGGUUUCAAUGUGUGACAAUUAAGCACUGAUGACACGGAACUUUAGCUAGCUAGACACUGCAAUUAGCAUGACAGCUAGGUGUGAGCACACGGCAUGUGGGCUUGUGGUCCUGUCAAGUGGCGAUGGGAGCUAGACGGAAAGCUGUAGGUGCGUGCUUCUAGGGUUUAGGCCAGUGGCGGUUCUCAACUGCUUCAGGCUGCAUUACGGUAUUACCUGUUACUCAUUUGGCUGUUUUUGACCUCGUGGCAUUGACGAAACUGCACAUAUGGACAUGACAUUUGUGCGCGGGUGUGCUUUGCACGGUGGGCUGUGAAAGCUGCGUGUGUGUUACGCAUUGUGCCAGUAGGUUGCAGGACGGCUGGUGCAUUGAAGAUUGUCAUUAACCGAUGUGAUUGUGUGUGUGUGUGUGUGUGUGUGUGUGUGUGUGUGUGUGUUCUCUAGGCCUGGACCCAGUAACUCAGCUGGAUCAGCUGAAGGCAGCGUAUGGUUACAAGACACUGGCGUGGCCGCGUGUGCUAGAUGAGCGGACGGCGUAUGUGCUGAAUAGUGUGUUUCAUGAAAGCAGCCAAAGCGAUGUCGUACGCACACAUGGCAAACAUACACACACACACACACACACACACACACACACACACACACACACACACACACACACACACACACACACACGCGGCACACACGUGAUGGCCAGGUAAGGUAGGAAGGUAUUUUGGGUCGGGCCGCCAGCAGUGGCCGUUAGCACCUUUACAAUUACGCGUGCCCGCGAUACCGGCGGCAUGUAGGCUAGGAGGAUGCGCUUCUGGCAAGAUGGUUAUUUGACGAGUGUGCACGCACUCCUGUAGGACCGCUUAUGGAAUGCAGUUUACGGUAGGAGUAUUGGUGGUUACCCCAAGAGUGGGCUUUUCGAUUGUAUGGCGGCUUGACCACAUGGCUGGGAGAUUCACGCCUGCACCGAGUCUAGCGUGAGCGAGAGAGCUGAUUCCUUGAGUGUUCGUUCCCGUGAGUAUUGCGAGCGACACGAAGCGCUGGCGCUGAACUGGCUCAAUUGACUCGAAAUUCAGAGCGCGCGGUGUUUUGAAGCUGUGUUGUCUGCCGUCGGCCCAGUGCUCAGCACGUUAGCCUGCCUGCCGUGUUUGCCGCACGCCGGCGGCUGGUUUGGAGCAGGGGAGGGUUUGGAGAUAACGGAGCAAACUCUUGAGCAAACUUCAGUGGGCUCAGCCGGUACAUCCAGAACUCAGAAGCUGUACCGUGACUGGGCUGAGUCCAUAAUGGCUGACUGUUCUACCUGCUUGGCUUGCACUCCUGCCUGUUGGCUUGAAUCCGUCACAGCCGUCCGCCAGGACAUGCGUGCAUAGGUCACGGCCGCACGGGAUGCGUGUUCGAAUGCUCUGG